UUUUUAUAUUCAAGAUAUUUUAUUGAAUUAUUGUAGAAAGUGUGAAGUGUUAUUCGAAGGGUAUGCUGAAGGUACCUUACAUUUUGAUAAGAUAUAGAAGAGUUACGAAAAGGCAGAAAAAGUAAAAGUUUCGCGAUAGCGUGCGGCGCCCAUGCUGCCGACUGUCUGGCAGAAGCGUGUCGUAUCGUUCGCUGGGCCCCCUGGCGUAUAUGGGCGUGCACACACGCGUUAGUAUCGUGGAUGUAUAUAAAACGGGCGAUCGGUUCGGAGCAACGAGUACGUCUGGUGUCGGCGCGGAGUAGCGAACAGAGUGAGUUUUUAUUCGAAACGAACAGGCGUCGUUACGCGAACUCCUUAGGAUUCGCGACCUCACGUGACGACUGCGACAACCAAAAAGUCGCCGCUGAAGCACGGUGUUAUCGUUCGACACUCGCGUUGUACGUCCACUGGAGCGGCUUAGGCGAAGAAAGCGUGGGUUAUAGUCGCGAGUGAAAGAGCAACGAGGACGGUCGUGCCGGAGCUUUUGAAAACAAAGACAGACGCGUGACGAUAUCGUUUUCUCGUGUUUUCGUGUCUUUAUCUCGCGUGUUCGGCGGGUCGUUGGCUCCUUCUCUUUCUUUCUUUUGCCUCGUGGUGUGUUGUCGGCAGUAACACACAACGGCAAGUGGAAGCCUGUAGCGUCGCGCCGGCGAAUGGAGAACACGUUCGCCAAUCGUCGUAAACGAAAGUGCGGAUCUUUUCUAUUAGACAAGUUCGUUUUCGCGCGGUUCACGGUUAAUCGUGGUUAACGAGUGCGCGGUACGAGAAGAGCAGAAAAGAGGAAGAAGGAUCGUUGGUGUUCGAGUGGUGGUGUUUGUAAGGAUACGAAGGAUGGAGCGAUUCAGAGUGACGCCGGCUAAUAGCACGUCGCAAUACGUCCCGCAACAACAUUCGUUAGACUAUGAUUCGCCGGUGAACGGGACCCAACUGGAACAUCAACAUCUCGUCCCGAAAUCACCCAGCGAAUGCGAUGGCUGUGGCGCCGGAGGAGAUGGCGACUCCAUGGUGGGCGGCGGCAAUUCCGAGAAAAAGGCGGAAUUGGAGACAAAUCUCUUCCUCUAUAACGAGGAGAUGGAAGUCCGGCCUCGUAUCUCCACGCUGCUCAAAAGUCUGUCGGACUACAGCAACACUAUCCCAGCCGCGACUGACCCGGACACCAGGCCCCCGCCCGCCCCGGGUGGCGCACGGAUGGGCACCCUGAUCGGUGUCUUUCUUCCUUGUAUUCAGAAUAUCUUCGGUGUAAUCUUGUUCAUUCGUCUGACUUGGGUCGUGGGUACAGCUGGUGCCAUACAGGGCUUCUUCAUCGUGCUAUGUUGCUGUUGCGUGACAAUGUUGACGGCUAUCAGCAUGAGCGCCAUCGCGACCAACGGUGUGGUGCCAGCCGGUGGGUCCUACUUCAUGAUAUCUAGAAGUUUGGGUCCAGAGUUUGGUGGUGCCGUGGGGAUGUUAUUUUACACGGGCACCACUCUGGCCGCCGCCAUGUACAUCAUUGGUGCCGUUGAAAUAGUCCUGACUUACAUGGCACCGUCUCUCAGUAUAUUCGGAGACUUCACCAAGGAUCCGAAUAUCAUGUACAAUAACUUUCGAGUGUACGGUACGGGGUUGCUGAUGGUAAUGGGCACCAUAGUGUUCGUCGGCGUGAAAUUUGUCAAUAAGUUCGCUACGGUUGCCCUGGCCUGCGUCAUAUUCUCGAUCGUGGCUGUCUACGUGGGGCUGUUCCGCAACUUCUACGGAAACGAGUCCCUCAAGAUGUGUGUUCUGGGUAGAAGGCUGCUGAAGGACAUCAACGUGUUAACGGAAUGUAACAAGAAUACUACCGGUGUUCUACACCAGAUCUACUGCGGAAACAGCACCAAAUGCGACCCGUAUUAUAUGGAGAACAACGUGACAAUCGUAAACGGCAUUCGUGGACUGGCUAGUGGUGUAUUCUUAGAAAACAUAUGGGACAGUUUUCAAGAGGAGGGUCAACUGAUCGCUUACGGAAAAGAUCCGAAGGACAUCGACAUGAUGUCGUCAUCCAGCUUCAAUCAGAUUCAGGUCGAUCUCACCACAACCUUCACCAUUCUCAUCGGUAUAUUCUUCCCUUCCGUCACGGGUAUUAUGGCCGGCUCCAAUAGAUCAGGUGAUCUAGCAGACGCCCAAAAGUCUAUCCCGAUCGGUACCAUCUGCGCUAUCCUGACAACUUCGACGGUGUACCUGUCCUGCGUGCUGCUGUUCGCCGGUACGGUGGACAAUCUGUUGUUGAGAGACAAAUUUGGUCAGAGUAUCGGCGGCAAACUGGUCGUGGCGAACAUGGCGUGGCCGAAUCAAUGGGUGAUUCUGAUCGGUUCGUUCCUGUCGACUCUCGGAGCGGGUCUCCAGUCGUUAACGGGAGCUCCGCGUCUGCUUCAAGCCAUCGCCAAAGACAGCAUCAUCCCGUUCUUGGCUCCGUUUGCCACUAGCUCGAGUCGCGGCGAGCCUACCAGGGCUCUGGUGCUGACGGUGAUCAUCUGCCAGUGCGGUAUCCUUCUCGGCAACGUCGAUUACCUGGCCCCCUUACUGUCCAUGUUCUUCCUGAUGUGUUACGGCUUCGUCAACCUUGCCUGCGCACUGCAAACGCUCCUGAGAACGCCUAACUGGCGACCCAGGUUCAAAUAUUACCACUGGAGCCUCUCGUUCCUAGGCUUGUCUCUCUGUAUCGCCAUAAUGUUCAUGACUAGUUGGUACUACGCGUUGUUAGCCAUGGGAAUGGCCGGUUGCAUCUACAAGUACAUCGAGUAUCGCGGAGCCGAGAAGGAAUGGGGCGACGGUAUCCGCGGUCUAGCCCUAUCCGCUGCUCGUUACUCGCUCCUGCGACUCGAAGAAGGCCCACCGCACACGAAGAACUGGAGACCGCAAAUAUUGAUCCUGGCCAAGCUGACCGACGACCUGGUGCCCAAAUAUCGUAAGAUGUUCGCGUUCGCGAGUCAACUGAAGGCUGGCAAAGGUUUGACGAUCUGCGUCAGCUGCAUCGAGGGAGACUACAUUCAGAACACCGGCAAGACCGUGGCCGCUAAGGUGAACUUGCGCAAGACGAUCGUGGAAGAGAAGGUGAAGGGAUUCGUGGACGUUCUGGUGGCUACAGACAUCGUCGACGGUCUGAGUUCGCUGGUACAGACCACGGGAUUAGGUGGAAUGAAGCCCAACACCGUGAUUCUUGGCUGGCCAUAUCGUUGGAAGCAGUCGCAAGAAGACAGAACCUGGAGAGCGUUCCUGCAGACUGUCAGAACGGCCACGGCAGCAAGGAUGGCCCUCCUGGUACCCAAGGGAAUCAACUUCUUCCCUGACUCGACGGAGAAAGUGGUCGGGAACAUCGACAUAUGGUGGAUCGUGCACGACGGUGGUCUUUUGAUGCUGUUACCUUUCCUCCUGAAGCAACAUCGUACGUGGAAGAACUGCAAGAUGAGGAUCUUCACUGUCGCGCAAAUUGAGGACAACUCUAUUCAGAUGAAGAAGGACUUAAAGAAGUUCCUAUACGAUUUGAGGAUCGAGGCCGAAGUAGAGAUCGUGGAAAUGAUAGAUUCCGAUAUAUCCGCCUACACGUACGAACGAACCCUGCAGAUGGAACAGAGGAACCAGAUUCUGAGGGAGUUGCAGCUGAACAAGAAGCAGACCCUUGGAGUGGAGGAGCCAUUGGUGGACUUCAACGAGGUGCAGGCGAUCGUGGACCAUCACCACAACGUGGACGCCAAGAUUCCGACCAAGGUCAGGUUCCAGGAGCCAGGAAGUCAGAACCCGAACAUCGACGAGGCCCGGGAGAAGCUCGUCCAGGAAAACGAGACAGGUAAAGGAUUAGAGGCAGGAGACGGAAACGAGACCGGAGAAGAAACCAAAGAGGGCAACGACGAAGAGACCAAGCUGAUCGGUGGUUCGCCGAAACAGGAUAACAAAGAGAACGCGGAGAAAGAGGAGAAGGAGAACGAGGACAAGGCGGAAGCCGAGGAAUGCGUCGUCACGCCCGACGAAAGCGACGUAAGGCGUAUGCACACCUCCGUAAAACUGAACGAGGUAAUCGUGAAAACGAGCAAAGACGCUCAAUUAGUCAUCAUCAAUCUACCUGGACCACCACGAGACACUAGAAUGGAACGUGAAUCAAACUAUAUGGAAUUCCUGGAGGUCCUGACAACGGGAUUGGAAAGAGUGCUGAUGGUACGAGGUUGCGGACGGGAGGUGAUCACCAUCUACUCGUGAACUAGACCAAGAGGAAUGGAAGUAAUCGCCUCGCAUAAACAGAAAUCUAGUUUACUUCUGAAAGACCUAAACGACUUCACCCUAAGGAACACGUUGCUCUUGUGCCAUUGUCUGAGCAGUCACUUGCGUUGCGCGUUGUGAACACGUAUACAGGACACACAUUAACACACGUACACGUACAUGUACAUAGACACACGGUUUACCAGAAAAAAAGGAGUACGAACAUCGAUCGACGACGCUGUUUCGCGGACUGGGUCGACGAUCGAAAAAUGCUCGUAGGCUAGUAACAAGCUGACCCUCGAGAAGGCCAAAAGUGACAUGCCAAAGGAUAAGUUCCCUUCGAAUGAAUUUCACGCGUAAACUAGGAUACGUAGGAUCUAUCUUAUUUACACUCGUCCCUUUUUCUCGAAGAAAUAGACGAAACGCGGACUUUUACUCGUUGACGCUACGCGCGUUGACGCGCGGCCAACAGCCUAGCACCGGAGGACUGUAAACACGGAGCAUCGCGUUCGAUCUUGACACUCGAAAUCGGGUUCUCGAAGAGCCUCGAUUCGAACAGAGCGUAUUCUUCGUCGCAGAGGCAAACUUUCGAUCCUAGGGACGAGGAAACGGGAUAAUCGAGAGGGUCGACAGAAAUGGAAACCGACACGUCCCCGAAUUCAAAUUCUACUCCGGUCACCGAGAUAUAUUAUAUAUAUAUACUAUCGUGUACUCCACAUCUCCCCGUUCGAAACUGAAAUCAAAAUUUUUUGGUCCGAGGCUAAGAUCGAAGCAUCUACGAAACCACUGCCAGAAUACUUUCUAAAUGCUUCGCGUUUAACCAAAGACGCGAGAGGCUCAUUUUUCUACACGCAUUGUCGUUAUAGAGUGUAUAAUUAGGUAUGUAUAAUUCUACCGCUUAUAGGGUGAACUUAGGGUAGCCUAGGGUAGCGCGUUGAAAACUCGCGCGGCGAAAGUUGGGCGGCGAACGUUGAUUGCGCGAACGGUUUUAUGUGGACGCAGGACCUCUAAAGGCGUUGUCUGCGAGAACGAAUCUUUCUCCCUGUUAAGUGCUCGUACUGCUCGCGAAACUUUUCAACCUAAACGACCGUCAUUCGAAGAAAAAAAAGUAUGUUACUGCCAAAAUUCUCGAAACUUGUUGAUUAGAAUUUGCAACGGACAACCGAGAACCGGGUAGGUGAAAUCGAUACGAACGAGGAGUUUUUGACUUUUGAAUGUGCUAGAGAGAACAUACAUAGUACUAAGAAUAUAUUACUUGAAAUUACUAAUUUAUAUUAACUACAUCGAUCUAACAUCAGGAUCUCAUAGCAAUACAAAUUCUUAACCUACUUAAAGAAGUCGUGUAACACGGAAUCCCUUAAAAUUAUAAAAUCGCGUCACUGCAUUGCUGAGAAACAUAGAACUACUACCAUUACUACUAAUACUAUUACUACUAUUACUACUACGAUUACGAUUCUAAACACUAAAUGUACUAAGGAAAGUAUACUAAUUCGCGUCACUGUUACAUCGAUAUAACGUGAAAGACUAGCAAUAAUAGAACUAACGUAGGUCUCGAAUUUCUUAAUGUAUUACAAAAUACUCUAUCGCGAAAGUCUUGGAAUUACUAAAGUAUAGGUCGCAGAUUAAUUAGGUACUAGAAUGUCCGACCUCUCCGCGAGAUCAUACGGACUUUUAACUAUAUAAAUGCUAGCAGCGAUGCUAACAUCGGUACGCACAGAACAUCGAUAUGCAAAAAUCUAUCGUUCAUCGUUUUAUAUAUAUAUAUACAUAUAUAUAUGUACACAUUCCACCAUACGAAAACACGUCUCUCGACAUUGCGUCCCCAUAAAGGUUCGAGCCGUAGCGUUCCUUCCAACUACCGCCGCGAAUGGCGAACGGAAGAAACACGGUGACUUAUUCGCACGCAUCUCCUUCAGGACUGAAGUUCGUUUUUUCCACUGUACUUCUCGACCUCUUGCGCGCCGAAAUCUUCGUCUAGGUUCGCGUUUAUACUGUCCAAGGCCUAUCGGUCCGAUUCACCGCUCUAACACGCCUCUGCGUAAAAGGGAACAGGCGCACGAUCAACCUAUGUACUUACGAAUGUGCACGCGCGUGCGAAUUGCGGCUGCGUUAACUCGUUAACCGCGUCUCAGAAUCGUCUACCUUCCGUUAAGUUUAUUCUAUCCGAAUACAGCGGAGUCUCUCUGUAUGGCCGUAGAGGAACACUGCGCGACCAGCGAUGUUCGGCCAAAUAACGAGACUCGAUUGUAUACACGAUCUACCUUGAUCUCUGCGUAAAUACAGUAUUAUACACCAAACGUACCCGCUUCUCGUCCCGUCCGGUUAACGAGUUAAACGAGCAACGCACAAGAGGGAACACGGUGAACGACUAACAGAAAUAUGUAUGUCAGAUUUCCAUAACGAUCCUUUAAACCGAUUUUCAUCGAACGAUAGCGUGUAGCAUUGUAAUCGAUUGCAUUUAAGUGUCGUGUGCAUGUCACGUUUCAUGCGCGGCUUUGAAACUUUUUCGGCCGUGGCUCAUCUCUUAGAUAGGCACUAUCUAAUACGUAUAUAUAUACAUAUAUAUACACAUACUUAUAUAUGUAUACAGGACGGAUAGUUUCUCUGUGUAAAGAAAGGGCAUCGAGAAGCGACGAGCAGAGGAGGAAAUUGGUCCUUUUGAAGGGAAGAUCGAUCACCGGGUCGCUUUAUCGUACUCGUCGAUGUACGCUGUGUCUACUUAAUCGAAACUCGCGAACGGACUGCCGGAUGAAAUUAAUCGAGAAAGGUAGAGAGUCGAGCACUCGCGAAUCGGUACCGCGAAAAUUCUUCACCCGUUUUCUUCGAUUUACCGUGUAACGCUGCCUCGAUGAUGUACAGGGUGAUUCAAGAAUGGGGUUUGACAACUUUCGAAACUGGCAACGCACCUUGUACUUAUAUAAGUAUAGAACGAUUCGAUAUCGAGCAAUCUACGUGUUGUUAUUAGAGAGAAAUUUCAAUUUAUAGAGAUUCUAUUAUAAACUGUAUCUCGAUUUGAAAGUACUUAAUGGGCGGAGUUUUUAUCUUGUAACUUGCUUCGCGAAUCUCGAUCGGCGUUUUGAAACAUCCUGUACAUGAUCGAGGAUACGUCGUCUUGACUCGAGCAACAAAGUUGCCAAGUAUUGCGUCUACUGUCUGCUAGCGUUCGAAGCAGUUCGAAAUUCAGGAGCAAAUUCCGAAAUAUAUUUGUUGUAGCGUCUCUUUAUCUACCUCAUCGCCAGCGCGCGUCGAAUCGAGCGAAACGGAAUCGUAAAAGAUACGCGAGACGAAGCAGAAUUCGAUAAAACGGUCCGAUAAAGCAAUACGAUGAGAAACGGAAGCGACGAACUGAAAAAAAACCCGGAUAUUGCACGAAGCCGAUCAGACACGUGCAGGUUCGCGAGAUGCAUCCUCUGUCUCUGUAUAUCGUCCCACGAUGUUGCGACAUGUACUUUCUAAUUUUAAUACGUUACUCACUUGUCGAUUACCAUAUAUUUUAUGUGUACUUGCCUAUCUGAUAGGCAUCGGCACCGCAUAGUUUAUACAAGACAUGUUGACUAUGAGAAAAGUUUAUCGCGUGAGAAAAAGAGCUGUUAGUCGAGGAUACAGAAUAAUAAAAGAAGAAACAAAGGGAAGAGCAAAAGAGAAAAAUGAUUACGGAUAAAAUGCUAAAUGUGUUGUACAUAAAUAAAUAGUAGAAUUUAAGGACGAGCAGGCGAGAUGAUUUAAAGGAGCGAUCCUAGGGGACAAGAGAAAUAAAAGCAAACGUUCGAGAAGAAAAGAGGAGGAAAGAAAGUGAAGAGAAACAUCUUUUUCAUAGAUCAAACAGUAUUGCAGUGUACUCCGCUGCCGCUUUAAUAUUUUACUAUGUCGUGUUUACUUGAAAGAAAAAAUGAACAAAUGCACAAUUGACCGUAUGGACACACAUACACACACGUUACGUAAGUGUAAGGAGAGCGAUAAAAAUUAAAACGAAGAUUUUCGGAGAGGGUAUACAAGUGCUCGGCGAUCGUCAUCGGGGAUUAUCGUGUGUAGUUUGCGAUCUAACCCGUUAUGAACGGGCCUUUGCGUCUGGUUUAAAUCAUCUUCUUAGGCUGUGAGAUGCAAGCUAAGCCGGCAGAGAGACUUGCUCGAGACCUCAAUCAUAUGUGUCAAAUCAAGCGUCAGAUAUUAUACGUAUUAUACAUACAUGCAUACAUACUUAAAAAAAAAAGAAUCUUAUAUCUCGUUAAUACCGAGUCUAGCCCUCUAACCGAGAUCUAUGCUCGCUCUUGGCGACAUCACUUAGUUUUCUUCUCCUCGAACACACGCAUACACACACAUAUACACAUAUACCUUUUAGCGUUCGAAUUGUGGUUUCCGGUGAGAUAUAGCGCGUUCCUAAACGUCCAAGCGUUAUAAGUUUAGUCUUAUUUAAAUUUCAAGUCUAUUUCAAUCCAACGUUUGAAAAUUUAAUAAUCAGAAUGUCAUUUGCUAUAUGUGCGAUGUUCUCCAAUGUACUUGGCAUCUUUCCACAUGAUUUUACUAACGGACCAGGUUUACGAUCGCGCUAUAUUUCGGCGAGAAUCGUGCAAAGUGGGGAAACAUCGACUAGAAAAAGAAGAUGAGAGAAGAACGAAGGAAAAGAUUCCGAUUCACGGGAUGGAAACGAACGUUCACCGUUGAAGAGGAAGAGCGAGAAGAAGAGAGGAUGCGUUUCGAAACGAAUAUAUGUAUAUAUAGAUAUGCACAUAUACGGAUUCUAUAUAUAUGUGUAUAUAUGUAUAUGUAUAUAAAGAAAAAACAAAUAUAAGAUAUAUUUGUAGAUACGAACAUCUUUAGCCAUCUGAUUAGCAUAUGUAAUAGAGUCAAUACUGUGAAGAUACCUAUAACUUUACCCCUAUACCCUGUUAGAUCAUAGACAAUGAUGAUAAAUACUUGUAAUUAACUUAUGGAAGAUGAAGUAUAUCGAAUGAAGAAACUAUACUGCGAUCAGAUCGAUUAAAUAAAUAAACGACAUACACCUAUA